AUAAAGAGACUUGCUUAACUCGAUAUAGGCAAGUACGCAGCUGCUCACUGAACGAGGGAGUCUAGCCUUAUAGAAGUUGUUGUAUUGUGUAUGUGAGCUGACAACAUGGAGGUACUGGGAUUUACCGUCCCUCUGUGGCUGGUACUGAUCAUAGCCGUGUUGGCCCUGUAUACAUAUAUGAUGAGCCGCCAUCAUGACACAUUCAAGAAGCUCAACAUUCCAGGACCUACACCCUGGCCAAUCAUUGGUAGUCUCCCUCAGAUCAGUAAGAAAGGAAUUCAUAUUUUUCAGUCUGAGUGCAUGAAGAAAUAUGGAAAGGUUUACGGAUUCUUUGGAGGGAUUACACCACAGACCCUCGUCGUCGGAGACAAAGAAAUGCUCAGGCAAAUCCUGGUGAAAGAUUUUUCAAACUUCCCUGACCGAUUAAUAGUUAAAGGUUUAAAUGGUGACAUGGACUCUUCUCUCCUUGCCCUGAGUGGAGAUCAUUGGAAACACGUCCGUAAUAAGAUAACUCCUGCAUUCUCCUCUGGGAAACUACGCAAGAUGUGUCGGUUGGUGGAUCAAUGUAGUGAUACACUUGUUGAAUCAUUGAGGAAGAAGGUGAAGAAUGGAGAUGGUGUCAUGGACAUGAUGGACGCAUGUGGAGCUUAUGCUAUGGACGUGAUAUGUUCUACAGCUUUUGGUAUCCAGGUGGAUUCACAGCAAAACCCAAACGACGAUUUCGUUGCCCAUGCGAAAAGGUUUCUGACUGUGAAUUUUUCAUCACCAAUCUUUUUAGUUUUGAUGUUUUUACCCAAACUCAUUCCACUGAUGAUACGACGAGGAUGGUCAUUUUCAGAUAAAGAGGUUCAAAAGUUUUUUCGCACCGUAACGGUAAAACUUCUUGAUGAACGUAUCCCAGGAAACAAGGAACAUGCAGACUUUCUUCAAUUGAUGAAGAAUGUUCAACAGGACGUUGACGAUUCAGAUGACGAUGACGAUGAAAACAAUGAGAAGGAACAUGUUCAAGGAAAUAAAUCAACAUCCUGGCAUAGGAAAGGUAUCACAUUUGAUGAAAUUCUUGGAAACGCAGAAAUAUUUUUCUUUGCUGGUUACGAGACUACAACGAUAACUUUAUCUAUGGCUACAUAUUAUCUGGCUUUGUACCCGGAGUACCAGGACAAACUCCGACAGGAAAUCUCAGACAAGAUCGGCUCGAAUCCGUUGACAUAUGAAAACAUUUCUCAGAUAAACUACCUGGAAAUGAUCAUCAACGAAACUCUUCGGAUCAACCCUCCCGCCCCACAGACAGACAGAAUGUGUCUCAAAGAUACCGUUAUCAAAGAUAUCAAGAUCCCGGCAGGCAUGACCAUCAGUAUUCCAAUAUACUGUAUCCAUUACGAUCCAGACAACUGGGCAGAUCCGGAAAAGUUCUUACCAGAAAGAUUUGCUGACAAAGAAAACUAUGAUCCGCUUAACUUUCUUCCGUUUGGAUACGGACCUAGGAACUGUGUCGGAAUGAGACUUGCUAUGCUGGAGAUGAAAAUGUCACUCGCAAAAGUCGUCCGUGAUUUCCAGAUUUCCGUUUGCAGUGAAACACUGGUUCCUCCUGAAUUCUUAAAGUUUGGAUUACUGAAACCGAAAUCUUCCAUAAUCAAACUAGAGGAGAUCAGAUCAUAAACAGACGAUUUCGGGAAGUUUCAUCACACUGGACAAAAUAAAUCUGGAAUGUUGGACGAGUACCAUGGACACAUUAUCACAUUAUGUGGUCUUCCGGAAUAGCGCCAUGGUGUAGUUACUGUCCAAUACAUGUACAUAUAUAUAUAUAUAUAUAUAUAUAUAUAUGAAUUAUACGAACAAACUUUAUUUUGUGAUUUAUAGUUGAUAUUAAUGAUAUUUCAUUUUUUCAAAUCUGAAUAAGAAUUACAAUGAACGUAUUUCACGUUAUCAAUUUAGAAGUUAACAAUGUGUGAUUAAAGUUAAUUAAUAAACUGAUAUAGAUUUCGUUUGAUGUUGUUAUGGAAAUCGUAUGAUAUUUGAUAUAUGAUAUUUGUGGGAAUUCUUUACCAAUGUAGCUAGAUCGAAUCAAAACGUCCAUGUGGCCUGAUUGCGUCAUGAUAGAUUUAUAUCUUCAAUCGGAUGGGGCCUUGUUUGAGCGCAGAUCAUGUGACCACGUAACUGACUGGUCUGUGCUAUAAUUGGGCAAAACACUUGCUAAUUGCUCACUACAUUAAUGGAUGACAUCCAACGGGCCUCCCGUAUGUUGGUCAGUGAUACCUUAUCAUAUUACAAUAUCUUACCGUAUUACAAUACCUUACAAUAUUACAAUACCUUGCCAUUUUAAUACCUUACUUUAGCUUUAUUUAAAAGAAUAUGAUGAACACAGUUUAAUUUCCAUUCAGAUUGUUUUAUCUUAGCUAUAUUUGCGUCUGUUGUAUCAAUUUGUACCUUACUUUUGCUACAUUAGCGUGUAUGUAAAUUAGGCAUUCUUUCUUUUACGGAAUACUUUUAUUGUUUCUGUGAUAUUUUUAUUAAAACUGUAGUAUGUUACCAUUGAAGUUAAUGUUACAACAAAUUGACUACAAUUCUAAUAAAAGUGUCUAUUCUAAAUCUU